AUGCGCUGUUGGGCAUGGUGGUCUGCGAACAAAUACAGCCGCAGCCGCGAACCCGAUUACCACUCCAUCAGCAACGACUCCGAGCCGUUCACGUCCAGAGACGAUGACAACUCUUCGACAGAGGGCCAAGUUGGUCAAGACAAGUCUCAACAGGCGGAGGGCAAAGAUUUGCCCAUAACAGAUGCGCAUGUAGUCUUUGACGACGACAUGUAUGACUCUGUGACGCUGGCAGCUUUCGGGGGGGUUCACUUGCAACUUCCUGGAGGAACCGUGCGGGUCCACCCGAUGUGGCUGUGUUUGGGCUGCCUCCCGUUGUUCGCUGCGCAACAGGCCAGCUUGCUUUACAUGCGAUUGGGCCAGGAACUGGAAAAGCCGGUGCAUGGGGAAGGAGUGUCAGAUGAGCUAAAGCAGAUCCUGCCCUUUGCGAAGACGCUGAUGGUUUACACGUUGGGACUGAUGCUCUUUCCGGAGUUGUUGGGCGCCUGUCGUUUAUUACUCUUCGUUCUGAACCCCACCACUUGGAUUGACAUCGAGAGAUUCCGACCAGAUCAGAGUGCAAUGUGGGCCUUUCUAUGGAGCACACCCGUCCUUGUGUCGUGUGCCACCACGGCAGAACUGCUCAAGCUGUCCAUCGGCUAUGUGGUUCUGAUUGACUCUGUCAGCGUCGUCCUUGUUUGUGACACGGUGCAGGACACCCUUUUCAACAGCUUGGCCUUGACCUUUCUUGUGGACCUUGACAACAAGCUAUGGGAAGUGGCGAAGAGCGUAUUUGGAAUAGAGUACAAGGAGAACAUGCGGAACCUGCAGCUCAUCUCGGACAGAGAGCAAGCAUCAAGACGCAAGGAAGGCAAAGUCAAGAGGGAGGCCUGGGAGAAUUGGAAAGUCUUCAGAAAGUGUUCUUGGCUUCGAAGAGCACAAGGAGGCAGUGCGGUGGAAGCGCUCCUUGUGUGUGCUAUCUUCAUGUUCGCGUAUGUCCGACAAAUGCUGGUCAUGAUGUACUCUUUGAAGACAGACACGCUUCCGGUGGCACGAGACAUGUGCACGAUUUGGAAUUUAACUGAAGAGGACAGCUUUCUUGGCAUGAUGACUCGCAGAAUCCUGCGACUCAUGAGCUUGUAUGCUCAUCCAAACGGCUUGCUGAACCAGACCUGCAAUCCAGAAGUGGGCGGCUACUGCAGCGAACAAUUUCGCGCCAUUACUGGCAGGGAUAUGUGGGAUCUUGCGAUGGAGAGGCCGCUGUUUAUCGCAGCAAACGUAGCCGGCUUGGUCUGCGUGCUUCUCGUUCCACAAAUUUUCCAGCUGCUGCUCUUCUGUGAAACGGAUGGAAAGGACAAGCACACCAGGUGCUUUGGGUUCAUACCAACAGACGAAGAUCAGGAAGACGAGCCCUGCAAGCUCGAGAAGGAUUGUGCUGAACUACAGCAACAAGCUGAUGCCUCUCGGAAGUACAUGGAAAGCCUCAAUGCCAAGGUUGAAGAUAUUCGUAUGCGGCUGAAUCUCGUCUGCGGUACAUCAAGGAUGCUGCCGCCACUCCUCGCUUCCCAGGUGGACCUCUCAGAGGCUGGCGUUGCCCUCUCGCAUAAUUCGCUGCAAACAUGA